AUGAAGGGCCGUUUCCCCGCCCUUUUGGCCUUGGCUUGUGCUAUCGCCAGGGCUUACCCGACACUAGCUGAUACCACGUCCAAAUCCAAACAAGUUUCCUCUGUGGUGAUAUUCGGGGACAGUUAUACCGACGACGGCUUGACCCAGUAUAGGCCUGAUUCAAACGGGGAUGUUGGAGAACCGGGCACGGUCUUGUCAACCGGGGGUCGCGUUUGGCCUGAGUAUGUGAAUCAAUAUUCCGGCGUGAAUAUCUACGACUACGCACGAUCUGGAGCAGUCUGCGACUCCACCUUCUCUCCAAAGUCGCGGAAAGGAGUGAAACAAGAUCAGAUUCCGUCCUUCCUCGCAGAUAAUGAAUAUGUCAACAGCAGCACAGGUCAGGGGGUGCUUGACAACCCCAGUGCUGAGACUGUCUAUGCAAUUUGGAUAGGCACAAAUGACCUUGGAAACGGUGUCUUUUUCACAGAUAGUCAGCCAAAGGGAAUGCCCUUAACGAACUACACCGAUUGCGUCUUCGAGCAGCUUGAUCGUUUAUAUGAUAUUGGCGCACGAAGAUUCCUCGUUAUGAACAUCGCCCCCUUGGAUCUUACCCCCCAAUACGCUCUUCCAGAAAAUGACGGAGUCGCCAGUUCGAGAUACUGGACAGAUAAGAGCCAGUUCAAUUCGAAUCUAACACAAAUCAGUGAGACCAUGCGGGAAUAUAGCAUAUUAGUCAACGCGAUAUACAAUUACCAGAUCCCAUAUGAGCUCAAGAUCGCGAAUAGGUAUGCGAAAAGCCAAUUCGCUCUUUUUGACGUCCAUUCUCUGAUGUCUGAUAUCUGGAAUCGUCCGUCCGUCUAUCUCAAUGGGACAGUGCCGCUGAAUGUUACUGGGUAUGCUGCUGGCUGUCCAACAUCUGUUUGUACUUCGAAGUCAAGCUGGGAUAGUUAUAUGUGGUACGAUGAGCUACAUCCUUCCGAACAAACUGAUCGUGUUAUCGCAAGGGAGUUUGUGGAAGUCCUUAAGGGAAAGAGUAAGUGGGCUACGUAUUGGCAAGACUCCUAG